CAAACUGAUAACGCUUGAACGGAUUGGUAAAUACCAACCCAAAAUGGUAAAUACCAUUUCCAUUUGGUUAUCCGCUUGAAUUUGAUUCAUGUUUUCUCAUAAUUACGUGAUAUAUUACCAUUACCUAAAAAUAGAAGGGUUUAUCUCUGCCUAAAAAUGACUGCUAAACCAACCAAAAGAUUGAUGUUUUCCGAGGCACAUUGCCACAGUUUGGUAGAUAUCGUUCUGAGAUACAAAAAUAUUAUUGAGUGCAAGAGGACAGACGCCGUAACGUGGAAACAAAAGGCAGCAGCUUGGGAGAAAAUUGCUGAGCUAUACAACUCUGCUACAACCGAAUCACGAACAGCUGAUCAACUCAGGUGUAAAUUUGAUAAUUUGAAAAAAGAAGUACGCAAGUAUGAAGCUCACAGGAGGCAAAAUUUGUUGAGGACUGGUGAUGGUGCUGAUGAGAGAAAUCUGAAGAAAGCCGUGAUUAUGCUUUACGAGAAAAUUAAAAGUAUUAUUGGCUUAUCAGUGCAUGGAUUGCAGCCAUCUGUGGGUGACAGCGAUGAUGCUUCAUUUGAAAAUAAAGAAGACGAGUCAGUUUGUAUGGACGAGUCAAAUAAAAAUACAGAAAAUGUACAUGAAGAGGAUGUUGAUCUUGCAUCAAUGUCUAUAGUGUUAAAUGAAGAUUCUGAAAGCAACACAGAAGCUUUAGAACAGACAUGUGAGUUACAAACACCGUCUGUACCAGUACCACAGCAAUCCCCUCUGGCAGUUAAAGUGAUACAUGGUAGGUGCUUACUAUAUACUCAGUGCAAUGUAGUGUAUAUAUGUAUUUAUUUUAGAUUGGUCUGAUUACACACCAAGACACUUACAAUCAAGGAAAC